CUUGAGAGCAGCUCAGACACCUGUCACACUUUGCUGUUUCCUUUGCUGUCUGCCACGGCGAGAGCUCUCCCAACUCCUUUCUGCGUCUACAUAGCAUGGAAAUCGGCAGCUUUUUGCUUGGAUUAUGCGUCUUUUUCCACUUUUAUGGAUCUGUUUCAGCAGAGGCCACAUGCAAGCUAAAGGCCAAGUUCAACCUGAGCGGCUACAAGAAUGUAGAGAAGAAGAAGGUUGUUAUCGGGGGGAUGUUUCCUGUUCACAAGCGUAUUGCUUCCACUGAUGGCAACACUUCGAGGCUGCCCGUCUCCUCAGGGUGUGAGGGGUUUAACUUCCGCACCUUCCGCUGGACCCAGACCAUGCUGUUUGCCAUCAAUGAAAUUAACGACAGGAAAGACCUGCUGCCCAACACCAACCUGGGCUACGUCAUCUACGACUCCUGCUUCACUAUCUCCAAGGCCGUGGAGGGAACCCUCACCUACCUGACGGGCCAAGACGAGGCCGUACCCAACUACCGCUGUGGGACUGGAGCACCUCUGGCUGCUCUAGUGGGUGCUGGAGGCUCCGACCUGUCCAUUGCCACUGCUAGGAUACUUGGACUCUAUCACUUCCCUCAGGUCAGCUAUUGUUCAACCUGCUCCGCCCUUGAAAGCAAGUUCCAGUUCCCAACCUUCCUGAGGACCAUUCCCAAUGACAAGCACCAGUCUACAGCUAUUGCCCAGCUGGUGCUGCACUUUGGCUGGACUUGGGUGGGCACCAUCGCUGCCGAUGAUGAUUAUGGCAAGUAUGGUAUCAAAGACUUCAAGGAGCAGGUGGAAGAGGCUGGUGUCUGCAUCUCCUUCUCUGAGACCCUCCCCAAGGUGAGUUCCCCAGAGGCCAUCCAGCGUAUUGUUCAGACUGUAGUUGAGGCCACAGCCAAAAUCAUAGUGGUCUUCUCAUCUGACGUGGACCUGAGCCCUCUUAUCACUGAGCUGCUCCGGCACAAUGUGACCAACCGCACCUGGAUCGCCAGCGAGGCCUGGGUCACCUCUGCUCUCAUCAAUGAGCCUGGGGUGAGCUCUUUGCUGGGUGGUACUAUCGGCUUUGGGGUAAAAAGGGCUGAAAUCCCUGGUCUUGAGCGCCAUCUACUGGAUUUGGACCCCUAUGAUGACCCUCUCACUGAGGAAUUCUGGGAGACGUUGUUUAACUGCACACUGGACUAUGGCAGAGCUUUGAAGCUGGCCAAGCAGAUGGCCAUGGAGGUCAACGGCACACUGGCCAGGGCAGUGAGGGGGGUUCCUAAUGGGCUGUGUACAGGGAGUGAGUCUCUGGCACAGCUCAAUAACACCUACACUGAUGUUUCCCAGUUACGAAUCACUUACAGUGUGUACAAAGCUGUGUACGCUGUGGCCCACGCCUUGCACAACCUGGAGCACUGUGUAGAGGGACAGGGGCCCUUCAACGGGAACGACUGUGCUAACAUCACAAACUUUGAGCCAUGGCAGCUGAUGUACUACCUGAAGAACGUGCAUUACAAAGUGCCGAACACGGGCGAAGAGGUUUUUUUUAAUGAGGGGGAUGUAGAGGGCUUCUAUGACAUCAUUAACUGGCAGUUCAACCAUAACGGGGAGAUUUCCUACGUCACUGUGGGACACUACAAUGCCUCAGCAGCCCCAGAGGACAGGAUGACCAUAAUGAACGACUCCAUUGUGUGGAACAAUGACAUCUUGAAGCCUCCUCGAUCAGUGUGCAGCGAGAACUGCCGGCCAGGCACCAGGAAGGGAAUCCGGCAGGGAGAGCCGGUCUGCUGCUUUGACUGUAUCCCAUGUGCCGAUGGAGAGAUCAGCAACGUAACUGAUGCUCGUGAAUGUAUCCUGUGCAGUGAGGAUGACUGGUCCAAUGAGGCUCAUGAUGCCUGCAUACCAAAAAUCAUCGAGUUCCUGGACUUUGGAGAGCCAUUGGGGAUCACGCUCAUCGCCAUCUCGGCCUUCGGAGCUCUGGUCACCAUCGCUGUCGGGGUGGUGCUUGUUGUGAACAUCGGUACUCCUCUGGUGAAAGCCAAUGAUGCUCUGUUGAGUUUCUCGCUGCUCUUCUCACUGGUGGUGACCUUCCUCUGCUCCAUCGUCUUCCUCGGAGAGCCUCAGGACUGGAGCUGCAUGACCAGCCAAGUAGCCCUGGCUCUGGGCUUCGCUCUCUGCCUUUCCUCAAUCAUGGGUAAGGCAGCAGUGUUGAUGCUGAGAGCUCAGGCGCUCAAAGCGGUCCGCGCCAAAAGCAAAGCAGCUGCCAAAGCUGCAAAGGCUGCAGCCGAAGCAGCAGCCAACAGCGGAAAUCCCGAUGUCAUUGUAACUAACACAAAUAACAACAAUAACGUCAACAUCAACGAUAACCCUGAAGUAGACACUCUCACCUGUGGCCACCAGAGGGCGAUAGCUGCUGUGGCAACAUUAAUACAGGCUAUAGCGUGCACAGUGUGGCUCAUCAUCCUCCCUCCUCACCGGGUGAAAAACACCUCUGCCCAGAAUAUAAAGAUCAUCCUUGAGUGUGAUGAAGGCUCAGUGGUCUUCAUCUGUUGUAUCUUCGCCUAUGACAUCCUGCUGGCUCUGGUGGCCUUCAUCUUUGCCUUCAUAUCCCGCAAACUUGAGGACCACAUCAGUGAGGGGAAGAGUAUGACCUUCGGCAUGCUGGUCUUCUUCAUCGUGUGGAUCUCCUUCGUCCCAGCUUACCUCAGCACACGUGGCAAGUUCAUGGUCGCCGUCCAGAUUUUUGCCAUCCUGGCUUCCAGCUUCGGCCUGCUGACCUGCAUCUUCCUGCCCAAAUGUUACGUUCUCUUGGUCAAACCUGAACGCAACACAGAGGAGGUGAUGAGGCCCCGUACCAAACCACGCGACGGGAGCUCGACUGGGACAUCAGCCUCGCUUGCUACAACUGCUACUGAAGUCACUACGACUGCAUCAACUUCUAUUGAUGAUUAGUGGAGCAACGCUAACUACUUAAACUGAGCCACAAUACUGAAAUUUUAAAAUAUUGUAGAUGGCUGCUUCACUGGGCUACUGGUCCAGCUGAUUAGGCUUCCUAGUCUUGUUAUAUUUGGUCUAUAAUAAAAAAAAUAUUUUACAAUGUUUACACUGACUGAAUGUGUCUCAGGCCCAAGUCAAGUGUACCUUAACCUGCGUUAGAUAGGGUUAAUUUCAAUAAGCAAUAUCCAAGAGGAAAGAAAUCUGCUACCUCAACCUCAAUGAUUACUAAAUAUCUCAAAAAUGCAUUUUAAAAUCAUUCUGAUAAAACAGAUUUCAACAAGUUCAGACUGUUACUGUCAAAGCUGCUGUUGUUUCAGUUGUGGUAGUUGAAUAAAAAUAAGUUAAGACAAUGUUUACCUCAGAUAUUAUACUGAUAUACUUCUAGUUGCAAUUCAUUUUCAAACACACCUGACAAUUUUUACAAUUACAGGCAUUUAGCUUAUGUGGUUCUUAUUAAAAUAUUUGUAUGAAAUGUUUACUCAGCAAACUUACAUUUCUUUUACCAUAAUAACCUGUCAAUAUAAUACAGAUUUGUGUAACUCUGUUAGCAUAAUACAUUUCCUAACAAUAUAAUAAAUAUUUUCACUCACUAUAA